UAUUCCAGCCUUUUUGCGCCUUGGUCUUUAAAAGACUGCGUAGGUGACGCUUCUGCAACGUUGACAGGUAAACGUGCUACUGAUGCCGCUGACAGAAUAAAAAGUUACAACCUAAGGAGACAAAAUAGUAAGCUGACGGUAAACCUAGAGAAAAAAACGCACAGUUCCUUAAUUUGUGUGGCUACAUUCUCUACUCCGUUGCAUCCAUUCCAGGUAAGGUGCUAUAAAAUGAUAAUCUCACAUUCAGGUAAAAUGUCAUUUUGAAAGUGAAAAGGGAUUCUAUUGCUUGUGACGCAAUCGCGCCCCUUAGAUGAUUUAUAUUUGCACAUGAGUGGAAUUCUAAAAUGGUUGGCGCAAAUGCAGCGAGUGGCAAAUAUUUGGAGAAGCGUUGAAAUGACGCAGUUGGUGUUCAGCCAGAUGGGAAUUAUUUUAAAAACAGUUUGGGUCCAGCAAAAAAGUCGAAUACUUGGUGCCAUCUUAUUAUAUUAUUAUUACUUGUCACAGUGUCUUUCAGCUGCUGUGAUUCGGGGAAAGUCAUGAUCCUGUUGACACCAUCUUCCGGUAGGUCCAGUGAUUAUUCAUGAAUCUAAUCUCGAUUAGUGUGCUCUCGUCUAGCCAAUCUGGGGAUUUGAUAUGGUUGAACUGAAUAAAAUGGGAUGGGAGUUAUUAAAUCUGCAUGUAUUUGUGAUGUAAUCCGUGAAUUGUAUAGCCUUGCAUUUGCGUGUUGCCGUUGUAUUAGCUGCAGUAAACUUUAUGUAAUGGUUUCGGUUUUUUAAAUGAUUAUGAUUAUUCCUGUUGUUUUUUUGCACCCCCCUUUUUUUUACUAGGUAACUUAGUAGGGUUAUGCAACAUGGGACUAUUUGCACUCAUUACGCAGCAAUUCAGAUGUAGAGACAAAGUUCGCUGAAUCUGUUUGUAGUCUUUGCCCGAAAUUAUUUCGAGUGUAUUUCAAAAUGUGACAUUUUUAUCCCAAAAUUCAAUCCAGUAAAGUUAAAAGCAUGCUGUCAGUUAAAAACUAUUUCUUGGCUGUGUGCUCUUGUCUCAUUCACUGUUUUCUUUCAGAUGAAGAGUCUCUUGAACUGCCCCGCCUUUGGAAUCACACGAAAUUCAGGGUCUCUUCCAGUGCACCAACAAGUUGUUUGUCAGUGAUCAAGCCCUGGGACUACAGAUCAAGGAGUUUGCUCGUAGAAAUGCUGCUAACGCCCUCUCCGUUGCCAACAUGCUCAUGGGCAUGGCCUCCAUCCUCAGCAGUCUUGAUGGGCAGCAUCACGCAGCAUGUUGGCUGAUUCUGAUUGGGUACCUGCUGGAUUUGGCAGAUGGAGCUGUUGCCAGGCGGCUUGGCGCCUGUUCCGCCCUGGGUGCAAAGCUGGAUGACUUUGCAGAUUUCACGACAUUUGGGAUCGCCACAUCCCUGCUCCUGAGGACACCUGCCCUGUUGGAUAACAUCCUGUGCAUGUGUUACGUCCUCUCGGUUUUUAUUCGCCUCUGUUUCUUCUCCAGUGGGAUCCCAUUCAUGUAUCGCGGACUGCCCUGCAUCUACUCCUCGGGCUUCCUAGCUAGCGUCUCACUGCUGUCGGGCAACAACACGACCAUGCUGCGAAUCAUCGCUGUGGCCAUGAUCCCCUUCAUGAUUAGUAGUCACAUCUUCUACCCUCACGACCAAGUGUUGGAGUCCCAAGCCUGGAAGAAAGUUGUCUAUGCUGGAGGAGUGGUCAUGUUGCUCUGCUCGUUCUUCCUCCUCCCUUGUGUGUACUACCUACUGUGGUGUAUCUCCUAUAUUUUGUUCCCUACAUACCUUUGGAGCAGUAAAGUGUAAAAGCGAGAAUGUUGGCCACUUCCAGACUACUACUCGCUGCUAUGGAGGAUCCAAGAAGCUCAUUUCCCACAAACACUGCAGUAUUUAGCACUACCACUUACUUUUAAUUGUUGGAUGUGAUGCAUCGUGGGGAAAGAAUCCAGAAGAGAACAACUGUGUCCUGAUGGGAGUAACUUGUGGUUCUCACUCAAGGUGAAUAAGAAAAGUUUUGAAAUUUUAGAUGUACAGUGGGGCAAAAAAGUAUUUAGUCAGCUACCAAUUGUGCAAGUUCUCCCACUUACAAGAUGAGAGAUGCCUGUCAUUUUCAUCAUAGGUACACUUUUAUUGAUGGAUGUGUACAGUAUUCACAUCAAGAUGGUUCGCUUAAAGUAGAAAAAUCACAUUCAUCAAAGCUAUCUUUAUUACAGACGUAAACGGCAAAAAAUCUAAAAAAUAAAAUCAAAAAAAAAAUCUAGCAUCUGAGUCAGGUGCCUCUGUUGCGGCUAGUAAUAAACCACCACACCCGAGGUAAAACAACCAAUUAGAGAAAGAAGGCAUGACUUGAACAUUUGUUGCGCACUCAUAACGGCCCCAGCCUACACAAGUAACACAUAAAGUAAAUGUUUUUAUUUAGAGUUUUAUUUUUCAACAGUCAAGUCAUGGCAGUUUUGAUUAAUAUGACAAUGUGUUUUGUUUUUUUUCGAAAUUGAAACGUCGGAUGUCAACAUUCUCGCAUCUGUUUUUUUUUUUUUUGUCUUACUGGAAGUGAAUUGCUUUCUCCCCUGCCAGCAGUGAUUUAGGGACAUGCAAAAUUUAGAUUUCUUGUAGCCUCUGUUUUAGGAGGAUUCUGAACUGUAAAUCCACACUGGAUUGUUCGAAUGACACACUCUUUGACGUCUACUGGACAGUAUUCAGUAUUUGUUUUUAUUAUGAGUGACAUUUGAAGAGAGAGUGAACUGAUCAGAAACUUGAUGCUAAAAAAAACAAAAAACAGCAACAGGCUACCUGACUUCAUUCCACUACACUAUUCAAGUUUCAAGGUUUAUCCUUCACAUUGCUUUGUGGAAGGCUUCAGUCAACUUCAUUCGUGCUGAAUUUUCUCUUGAAACCUUUGAAACACAAAAAAAAUAUUCACUCAAACGGUUGUGACUUGGGUUACUCACACUGUUCUGUCUUGUUGAUGGCUUUAUAGAUAAAUCUUUUACAAUAGAAUUUCCAUAGAUGUAUUUAUUAUUUACAUUUAUGUGGAUGUUGUCUGACAUAAUUUGAAAAGUAAAAUAUACAUAUGGCACUUUGCCAUGCAACAUUGUUUGCUGUUGGUCAAUACAUUGUUUAAAUUGUAGACAGAUGCUUGUAAACCAAAUAAAUUGCAUUUAGUACAGAUUAUAAAUACAAGUAUAACCACAUUUAUUCAUGAAGGUUUUAGAGUUAAAAGUUCAACAAGAACUUUUAAAUGACUGAACCAUAUUGUAUUUUCCUGAUUAUUAAUUGAUAUAGCUUUUGUUGUACUGUUGUUACACUGUUGCAAACUCAUGUUUUAAUCCAUCUGCAGAAGUGGCUGAUACUGCAAAACAUAAUUAAAAAGAAAGUACCCAAAUACAA